UGGUGGACUAUCCUGCAGUCUGCAUUGGAGCUAACCGAAGUUUGGUAUUAGUUGACUAAUUUAAGUUUAACUUGAGUUGUUGAGCUUAACUUGAGAAGUAAACGGCAGUUAUAUGCUGGCAUAAAACCCCUCGAUUCUCGAUCUAAAAACCAAUUGGACCCCUUCCUAUACCUCUCCGUCUGGAAUCGUCGGUCAGUGGGAGUUUCACGAUGCUGAAGGAUCAGUCAGAAGCAGGCAAUUUGAUUCCUAAUGACAGCAACCCAGCCAACUCCCAGGCUAGAACUGCCAUCUUGGAUGCAGCUGGCAGAAUCCAGGAUGCCGGAGACUCACAAAAAGACAAAAGCUUCGAGGGUACCAUUGCAAAUGAUGUACCCGAGGUUGGACGUGUGAAAAGAACCAUUCGUUAUGCCAAGAGAAAGACGAUGAAUGCAAUAAGGGUUGCAUCUCAUACCACUGCUGUAAUUGCGGGAGGACUUGCUGGGUUUUAUCUACUAGGUCAUCCUGGGGCUGUUGCAGGAGGUAUCGGUGCUGGUGUUGUUAUAGAUUCUGCGAUCACAGCUGUUGACUCCGGCAUACAGGGAACAUUUCAGCCGUACGGUUUGCUUGAGUUCUUCACUGAUACGAAGAAACCAGGCAAGUGGCGUGCUGCUGGGCGUGGGGUUGUCAUUGAUGGCAUCACGGGCCGUUUCGCUGGCAGUGCCAUGAGAGUCGUCUUAUUGGGACGUCACAUUUACCAGUUAUGGGUAAAGGCAUUUCAUUGGCUCUAUAGAUUUUCGCCUUUUUAUGUCAUCCGAAUAAUUGUAGAUCGGGUGUUUUUGGUAAAGGAAUGAAUUGAAGACAUAGAUAUUUGUGGAUUUUAAAACUGAUCGAUGGAACUCUUCCAAGAUCAAUCAAGCUGUGGACACUUAAAUAAAGAGUUAGAAUACAAUAAUAUAUGAAUAUAAUGCUGAAUCUUGAGACCUAACAAAGCAUUGGCUCUACAAGAAUCACUCUGAAAGCUGUUCACUUACUUCCGAACAUUCCUACGAGGUAUUUUUUUUAAUUUCUGUGAGGGAUAGAUUUAACUAGAUAUAAAUAUACUUGAAUAACAGUAUUAUUCUAGCUUGUAUAUUAUUUAUAUAUGUUGCACUAUCCAUCUAAAAUCCUAAUAUUCAUGUGUUGUAUUAAAAUUCUGUGUAAACUUUUUUCUAGAUGACAUGAGAGAUAACACUUGCACAAACAUGGGUCAAUUAAUAAAUGGACCAGAUUACAGAACGCGAGAUGUUCAGCUUCUAUAUAGAACAUAUUCACUAUACUUAUGUACGAAUCAAGACAUUAUAGUAUUAAUAUAAAAUACCUCGUUUAAAAUAACAUUAAUUAUUAAUAUAAAAUACCAACGAUUCAUCUAAUCUUUGAACACGUUCAUUGAUAUUGGACUGACAAACACAAAAAAAACUGUAUUGAGCUCUUUCCUAUACCAAGAUGCAGAGCUGGGCAGCGCUACUUUGAAAUGUAGCGGCGCUAC